AUGGUGAAGGUUGUUGACAUAUUUUCCCAUUAUGUAGUAGGACCUGUUAUUCCAAUUUGCAAGGCUGAUUUGAAGCAUUAUGAAGGUCAAAAAUUUUCUUCACUUGAGGAGGGAAUUUCCUUUUAUGAAAAGUAUGCUCAAGAGGCUUGUUUUGAUUUUCGAAGAUUUGGAAAUAGGUCUAGUGGUGGUGUUAUUACUUUUCAGUAUGUUGUCUGCAACAGACAAGGUUUUCAUACAGGUCAACCGUUGGAUGUCGAUGUAAUUAUAUCUGACGAUGUGAACGUGUCAAAUGACGAUGAAGUAACUUCAAAGAAGAAACACAGACGUGGCACAAAAAGGUGUGGAUGUGGAGCAAGGAUCAGUUUUAAGUUUUUUUCUGAUUGUGGUGCUAAAUAUUAUCUUGUGCAUCAAUUCAUUGAGGAACACAAUCAUGCUAUGGUUGACAAAGAUCAUAAGCGAUUUAUGAAAAGAAAUCGCAGUAUGAAUGAUGUUCAUCACAAGUUUGUUGAAGAUUGCACCAAAGCUAACAUCGGUCCUACUUUUACUUUCAACUUAUUAAAGGAGUUUUUUGGUGGUUAUGAUGUUGUUAGGUGUACGUUGAAUGAUGUUAGGAAUUGUUCUCGUGAUAUUAAAGAGAAACUGAAAGAAGUGGAUGUUCAAAUGAUCCUAAAUCAGAUGCAAGAGAAGAAGAGAAUUUGUGAAGGCUUUUUUUACAAAUAUCAAUUAUCAAUUGAUGAUAAUAAGUUAGUGAGCUUAUUUUGGUCUGAUGCUGAGUCACGGAAACAUUACCAUAUGUUUGGAGAUGUUGUAGCAUUUGAUACAACAUAUUCGAUAAACAAGUAUCGUAUGGUGUUUGGUCUAUUUACCAGGAAAGACAAUCACGGGUGUCCUAUUGCAUUUGGAGCUGGUUCCCUAUCCAGUGAGAAUUGUGAUGCAUUCUCAUGGCUUUUUACUGUGUUUGUUGAAUGCAUGGGUGUUGCUCCAAGGAUCAUAAUCACAGACCAAGAUUGGGGAAUGAGGCUUGCAAUUGAGAAGGUAUUAUCUGGUACAAGGCAUCGUUUGUGCAUGUGGCAUAUUAUGAGCAAGUUGUUUGAGAAAAUACCUAAAUCUAUUUCUGAUAGAGAAAAGUUUAGUAAGGAGUUUAAUGCUUGUGUUUGGUCAGAAUUGUUAGAUCCAGAUGAGUUUGACAUAUUAUGGACUGGUAUUGUUGAAAAAUAUGGUGUGAAAGAUCAUAAAUGGUUUAAGGACAUGUUUGCUGUUAGACAUUUGUGGAUCUCAGCCUACUUUAGAGAUGUUCCUAUGGGUUCUUUAAUGAGAACAUCUUUUUCUGAAUCUGAAAACAGUUUUUUUAAGAGGAAUCAAACUGAAAGGCUUGACUAUUAUGAUUCUAUAAUCUCUCCAAAAUAUGCCACUGAUUUAGCAUUUGAGAAGCAAUUGACAUCUGUAUACACGGAUAUGAUGUUUAGAGUGGUUCAAGAAUUGAUUUCUGAGGCUGAUAAGAGUUGUCGGAUGAUUAGCAUGUCCACUUUGGAGAACAUCGAGGUCUUUAGAGUUUUUGAUGCUAGAAAGAAGACCUUCACAGUUACACAUGAGAUAGAGACUGAGUCAUUUGAUUGUGAGUGUAAACUAUUUGUAAGGUGUGGCUAUCUAUGCAACCACCUUUUCUUCGUCCUCAGAAACAAAGAUGUCAACAAUAUUCUAGAGAAGUAUGUUGGUAACCGGUGGCUGAAAAGUGAAUUAUUGAAGGCAGUUUAUGGUCUCACGAGUGAUGAAAGUGCGUCUGACAAAGCUAUGUGUCAUGGACGUUACUUUGGUUUAUAUCAACGUGCUUUUAAGAAUAAAAAUCAUCUGAUUGCAUUGGAUAAUUUUCUUGCGGGUAUUGGUCCUCAAAUUUUUACUCAUGACACUACUGGAUCUUCAUCAGUUGAUAAAAAUGAUUCCAUCAACAACAUAUAUGGUAUUGUUGUACCUGAAGAAAUAACUGCACAUGCUCCAGAUGUGGUUAGUACAAAGGGAGGUGCAAGUGACAAGAAAAGCAGGAUUAAGUCGAGCAUAGAGAAAGCAAUUGAAAAAGCAAGUAAACUUCAUAGGCGUUGUGGAAAGUGUCAUAAAGUGACUGAUCAUAAUGCAAGGAGUUGUGGCAGAAUGUAG